AGAAUGGAAAAACAUUCCCUUUCAAACAAUGAAGAAGAGCAAACAAAUUCCAUUUCUCCUUUCGAUUCCAAAGACAACAAGAAUGGAAAAAGUCAUGCUAGUAUGAUGCUUAACUCAAGUUACCUUAUUCACCAACUUGGUCGUGAUUUAUCAAUCAACUGUCUCUUGCGAUUGUCAAGGUCUGAUUAUAGCUCAAUUUCUGCUUUGAACAAGAGUUUUCGAUCACUAAUUAGAGAAGGGGAAUUAUAUCAACUCAGACGAAAAAUGGGAAUAAUAGAACACUGGAUUUACUUUUCUUGUGAAUCCCCUGAAUGGGAGGCUUUUGAUCCAAAUCGUGGUCAAUGGAUGCACUUGCCUACAAUGAACUGUGGGGAAUCCUUUAAUUUGUCUGAUAAGAAUUCAUUGGCUGUUGGUACUGAGCUUCUAGUUUUUGGCAAGGAAGUAAUUACUCCAAUCAUUUAUAAGUAUAGCCUUUUGACAAAUAUGUGGUCAGUUGGAAACAAAAUGAAUACUUAUAGAUGCCAUUUUGGUUAUGCCAGCCUUGGUGAAAUUGCCAUAUUAGCUGGUGGUCGUGAUCCCUUUGACAACAUUUUGAGCUCUGCUGAGCUCUAUAAUUCAGAUACUGGAAAAUGGGAGAUCCUUCCAAACAUGAAUAAACCUCGGGAAAUGUGUUCAUGCGUAUUUAUGGAUGAAAAAUUUUAUGUCCUUGGUGGGUUUGCUGCUGACAAAAUAACACAACUUACAUGUGGUGAGGAGUUUGAUAUGAAAACAAAAAAAUGGCGUGAAAUACCAAACAUGUUCCCUAUACAAAAUGAAACAGUUGAGACACAAAUCUAUUUUGGCCCACCACCUUUGAUUGCAGUUGUUAAAAAUGUAUUAUAUGCUGCUGACUAUGCAAAGCAUGAAGUAAAAAGGUAUGUUAAAGACAACAACUCAUGGGUUACCAUUGGAAGACUUCCUGAUCAAGCCACCUCAAUGAAUGGUUGGGGACUAGCAUUUCAGGCAUGUGGAGAUCAACUAUUAGUUCUUAAGGGUCCUAUUUUUGAAGUUGGAGGCAUGAUGGAAAUUAAUGCUUGGGUUCCAGAUGAAGGCGCACCACAAUGGAACCGGCUUGCGAGAAAGCAAAUAGCGAGUUUUCUGCAAAAUUGCACUGUGAUGGGAUGUUAAUAUUAUUACAUGUUGUAGGAAUUUUAUUUAUUUUGAUGAUGCUUUCAUUUUAGUCCAAAAUAUUGUUGUUCAAUGACUUUUUGGUUUGUUAUUGUGGGUGUUGAUUUUACAAUAUUAGAUUUUGUUGUGUUUGUUUUAUAUCAUUUGAGUUGUUUUUAAUUUCUAUUUUCUUUUGGUGUUGGAGAGAAAUAUUAAGUUAGAUGUAACCAUGGGCCUAAGGUUUUUAUUUAUUGACA